AUGCUUUCCUCUCUGAAGCCCCAUUUCUCUAAUCAGCGCCAUAACUCUCACUCAUCCUCCAUGUCGGAACCACACGCGGCACGACCCAGAAGAUACAAGGCCGUGAUUUUUGAUAUCGGCGAUGUACUCUUCAGCUGGUGCCCACCCACUACCACCAGCGUGCCCCCAUCCACCAUCAAAGCUAUGAUCUCCCACCCGACCUGGUUCUCGUUUGAGCGCGGAGAAAUAUCCAUCUCGGACUGCUACGCGCAGCUCAUGCAGGCGUUCUCUACUGUCUCGGUUCGAGAUGUAUCGGAUGUAUUUGACGAAGCUCGAAAGUCCCUAAAAAACGACCCGAUCCUGACGCAGCUGCUGCAUGAUAUCAAAAAAACUGCUUCAAAGUAUAUGGAUCAUGAUAAUAAUGACCUGAGACUAUACGUCAUGUCCAACAUGUCCAGGGAAGACUUCGCCUAUCUACGUCAAUUAGAUUAUUUUCCGUGGGAUUUAUUUGAUGGCUCCUUUGUCUCUGCACAUGUCGGGAUGCGAAAGCCGGAAUUGCAGUUUUUCGAACAUGUGCUAAGGGAGAUUGGGAUGACAGAAAAUCCAGACAGGGUGCUUUUCAUUGAUGAUAAGAUGGAGAAUAUACAGGCAGCGGAGAUGGUUGGUAUGCAUGGAGUGCAAUUCAGAUCAGGCGACGAGACAGCCGCCGUUGUGAGGGGGUUUAUUAUACGCAAUAUGCUAUCCACGGCUGUUAAUUCAAACCCGAAGAUUCAAACCAUUGUCAUCCAAGUUGAGGGGAUACUGGUAAACAUACCUCACUUGGCCAAUACGGCUUUCUGCAUUCCCCCCCUUAAACGGCUCCAGUCAACUUCCACUUGGAUGCGCUAUGAGUGCAAUGAGAUAAAAGAGCAGCAAUGCUAUGAGGCGCUCGGCAAGCAGUUUGAUUUUGAUGCUUCUGAGCUGGAAGAUGCUGUCUCCGCUCUCAGGGAUGUGAUCGACUAUGACAAAAACCUGGUUUCCAAAAUCCGUCAGCUGAAAAGGGAAACGGGAGGUCUUUUAAACAUGAUAGCCAUAUGGAAUGUUGCAAAGCCGGACUAUGAUGCCAUUCGCAAGCGAUGGGGAAGCGACUUCCUGGAGGGCUUUGAUGAUAUCUUCACUUCGUUCGCAGCUGGGGCACGAAUGCCUCAUAUUGGAUUCUACCAUCAAUUUUUGACCUCCACCAAGACAGAACCCCAAAAUUCGGUGUUUAUCGGAAGCGAUAUUCGAAAUGUUGUCGCGGCCCGUUCGUUGGGUAUGCGUGGAAUCGUGUUCAAUGGUUCCCAGGAACUACCUCGCACUUUGUUGAACGUUAUCAGUGACCCGCGCAACGCCAAAAAGCUGCAACCUUCCACGGAUUGCGGUACGCCUAUUCUGGAAAAUUAUGUGCAGCUUUUGAUCUUAGAAGUCACAGGCGAUGAGAAAUUUCCAUCGUGUAACUCAUACAUAUUAAAAACAUUGUCUUCUAACACGGUGAAAAAUGACAUAGAGCAGCCGACCUUUACCAAGAUGAACCCUCCAAAUGACUUGGAUACUACAUCACUAGCGCUGCAAUUGGUACCACAAGAAGAUACAAUUGUGCAUUUGUUACUUGAUAAAAUGCUUGAAUAUCUCAGCCCCGAUGGCAUCAUCCAGGUAUACUUCGAUCAUGAAAGACCACGGGUAGAUCCAGUCGCCUGCGUGAACAUUUUUCUCACCUUUCAUACCCAUCGACGUGGGCACGAGCUCCAGAAAACCGUCGACUGGAUUUACCAGAUUCUUUUGUAUAGAGCGUACAUUGACGGGACGUAUUACUAUCAGACAGCGGAAUGGUUUCUGUUUUAUAUAUCUCGGCUUCUUAAGCAGACCCAUGACGCAAAUUUGGAGAAGAAAUUUGCCCCCCUUCUUCGAGAACGAAUCCAGGAGCGUAUUGGGGCCCCCGGAGACAGCCUCGUUCUCGGAAUGAGAUUGAGCGUGUGUCAAGCUAUGGGAGUUUCCAACUACCAAGACAUGAAAACCUUGACUGAAAUGCAGUGUGAAGAUGGUGGAUGGGAGCCGGGUUACCUUUAUUCUAUCCCUAUUGUAGGAAAAAGGAUUUUCGAUCGUGGUUUCACUACGGCACUCGCUCUUAAGGUUAUUAAGGAAAACCGUCUCGAUUACUAG